UUUAAUUUUAAGCCUUCCCCUCUCUUCCUUUUGCACCUUUCAGACAAGCCAAAACCAUAGUUAACACUUAACAGAGCCUUAAAGAACCAAGCUUUCUGUUCUCUAUAGCUAAUUUACGUGCUGGGCCAAGAAUAUCUAUCUGGCUUUGGUGGGAAUGAUUGGCAAGGAGAGUUUGAGAGCUGAAGUCUUGAACUUGAGCUUUGAGAAGCUGAUGAUGGUUGGUGGUUGUGGAGAUAUUUGUGUGAAAGGAGUGAACUUGAAAGCUGGGGUGAUCACAGAGUGGAAGGAUAUUCCAGUGGAGCUUUUGAUGCAGAUUUUGUCACUUGUGGAUGACCAAACCGUGAUCAUAGCUUCUGAAGUUUGUCGUGGGUGGAGAGAGGCAAUUUGCUUUGGCCUUACUCGGUUAUCACUGUCAUGGUGUAGCAAGAACAUGAAUAACCUGGUCCUAUCCCUUGCUCCUAAAUUCACAAAAUUGCAGACUUUAAUCCUUCGACAAGAUAAGCCUCAACUAGAGGACAAUGCUGUUGAGACUAUUGCAAAUUUCUGUCAUGACCUGCAAAUCCUGGACCUCAGCAAAAGUUUCAAGCUUACUGAUCGUUCAUUGUAUGCUGUAGCCCUUGGCUGCCGUGAUCUUACAAAACUGAACAUCAGUGGUUGUUCAGCCUUUAGUGACAGUGCCCUGGCUUACCUUGCCAGCUUCUGCCGAAAGCUGAAAGUUUUGAAUCUCUGUGGAUGUGUUAAAGCUGCAUCUGAUACUGCUCUACAGGCUAUUGGACACUAUUGCAAUCAGUUACAGUUUUUGAACCUUGGAUGGUGUGAAAAUGUCAGUGAUGUUGGAGUGAUGAGUUUAGCAUAUGGCUGCCCUGAUCUUAGAACACUUGACUUAUGUGGUUGUGUCCUUAUAACAGAUGACAGUGUAAUUGCCUUGGCAAACAGGUGUCCUCAUCUGAGGUCCCUUGGGCUGUACUACUGCCAAAACAUCACAGACAGAGCAAUGUAUUCUUUGGCACAAAGCAAAGUGAAGAAUAGGAUGUGGGGGUCUGUGAAUGGUGGAAAUGAUGAGGAUGGACUAAGGACUUUGAACAUUAGCCAAUGUACAGCCCUCACCCCUUCUGCAGUGCAGGCUGUGUGUGACUCAUCCCCUGCUCUCCACACCUGCUCUGGAAGACACUCACUCAUCAUGAGUGGUUGUCUGAAUCUUACUUCUGUGCAUUGUGCAUGUGCUGUCCAAGCACACCGUGCUAUUGGCACUCUCUCCAACAUUGCUCAUUGAGCUUGAAGGGUUGUGUAUAAAGACACUUUGAUUUUGACCAAGUGCUCUUGAAGGGAGAGGUUUAGGUCUUGUAGAUAAGUUUCCUGUUGAAUGCUGCAUCAUGUCAUGUUGAUUGUAGAACAGCUUGAACUUGGUGCUUGAGUUUCUUUUGGUCUCCGAAUUUCAUGUGAAAGCUUAGAAUGUUUUGGGUGUAUAAAUGGGGCUUAUGCCUAGCUUGGCUGUGAAUUUAUGGUGAGACAUGGACUUCUAUAAUGGUAUGGUUUUAUGCAAAGAUGUGUUUUAUUCUUCAAUUAAACAUUAGAAUUUGUUAUAAGGGUAUUGGGAUUCCUUGGGACACCGUCAUUCAUGAAUCUGGAUGAUUCAAUUGCUGUUAGGAAACAUGAUUAAGAGGAGAGGAAGAAAGG